UGAAAGAUGGCAGCCCCAAUAAAAAUAAAUGGGGCAGAGCCUCUUCUUUCUCUUGAAAAACACCCACAAAUUAUCGCUUCUAAAAAGAAAACAAGUAAAGGGAGCUUGAAAUUGAUAUAUAUACAAUGUUAUUUUGUGACCAUAGCAACUAUUCUUGGGACUGGUAUUUUAGGUCUUCCAGUGACGCUCUCCCGUGCCGGCCUCUACCCUUUCCUAGUCUCAUUUAUCAUUGGAUUCUUCAUGCAGGGCCUCCUGAUAUGCAUAUUCACAGACCUACUCCAACGGACCUAUGCAGUCCAGCUCAUCAGAAGGGAGCAUGAUGAGAUGAUACCGCUGACGGAGAUCGACCUCGAUGACGACUCAUUCAGCGAUGCGGAGGAGGAAAAUGAAAAUAGUGGUCCUGUGUUGGCGGGUCAUGUGAUCAUCCCGAAGGAUAUUGGCGUAAAGGAACCAAACUUACACCUGAUGGGCCAGCUGUUUCUUGGCUGCGGUGUUAGGCAGCUUUUUGAUCUAGUCUUAAUUGUCCAGUUUAUUUCCCUGUUGAUCAGUUAUACCCUGGCUGGCAGUGAAGCUUAUGCCCAAGUGAUAGGAGUUCCUUAUUUGUAUGUGAUUCCAGUGUUCUGCGGCCUGUUGACAAUGGCCAUAGUGUUUGCUCUCAAUCUCAUUCAACCAGUCGUCUCCAUCCUCACGCUCGCCAAAGGGACACUUUUACUUGGAACAGUGAUAGUGACCUUUUAUGUCGGUGCUGAAAUACACCAUGAGAUCACCAAUGACUUCAUGUACACUGGCGCCCCCUUUCUCAUGGGAACGGUGGCCUUGGGCGGCAUCAUCAACGUGAUGCCGUUCCUCUACAGCAAGAUAGGCCAGAAUCCACAACAGGUCCAGAGCUUCCGGUUCGCCAUCAUCAUGGGACUCCUGACGUGUACUGUCCUCAACGUAUUAUGGUGCUGGGCUGUGCUAGAUAUCGUACCUCAGUUAGAUGCAGUAACGUGUGUGAAGGGUUCCUUGCCAGGGAACCAUAGCAAGAUUCUAUUUACAAACCCAAGUAAACCUGAUAUGGUCUGCUUGCAAAAUAUCUCCUUAGGAAGGUCUGCUGCUAAUGGAGAGAUCUCCACUAUUCCCUUGACACAGAUGAUACAAAAUCUCUACCCAGCCUAUACAUGGGUCGCAUUCCUAGUCGAACUCUUCAUCAUGGUCAGCAUCACCGUAUCCUACCUCACAAUAGGAGCAGCGAUGCAUCAUACAUUAAAAGGCUUAGUCGAGUCCAUGUGGUCUUCCCAGGAUCGAUUCACAAGUUACAUGUCCAAAAUAAAAGUGGCUGCCUCGAGAUGUCGGAAGUGUACCACUCAAUUUCUUUGCAGCACAUUCCUGUCUCUAGUUGCAUUUAGUGUUGUGUUUGCAAUAGCUAUGUUAAACCCGAAGGGGUUUGUUGACAUGUUAGAGAAAGUAGCAUCAUCUGUGAUAAACAUUGAAGCUGGCUUAUUCGUCUUCCUUAUGCUGCUCAAGGCAAGGAACUCACAAAACAGGAGAGCGCUUAUUCCCCUGCCUCUCCCAAACUGGGUCUACUACCUCCAAGUUCUUCUGCCAAUCUACUUCUGUUUUGCUGUCGUCUACGAUGUCUUCAACGCAAUCGUGGACAUCCUCGCUCGUUACGGGAUAUCAAUAUGGCCGCCAGGGGCAGGACAUUCAGAAAUCAUAAACGGGACAGUGUUUCAGAAUUAUAGCGGAAUUACGGACCCAGCGGUCACUCUCCCAACAAACAUUCUAAAAAAUACGACGGGGAGAAAUCUUGGGGAUUUAGUUUCGACCACAAUGACUAUGGUAGUUCAAAAUACUACAGGAGUUAUACAGAAUGUUUCCGCAGUUAUCAGAGACGUAAAAAUUGAACAAGACGGUAAUGGAUGAUGUUUGAAUGCCGUAGGGAUUGAUGUCGGGACACAAUAUCUUUUGUAAACCACGCUUGUUAUAGAGUGUCGUUUGACAAAUGGUAUUUGGCCUGAGGUCAAGUCGGAAUGAAAAUGUGUGUUGAGUAUUUGGCGUCAUUCGUGGAGAGCAGUAUUUGUUCAAGUCGAGAGUAAUAAUGCAGUAGAACCUCUCUAUUAGGACACCCUUGGACUGGCAAUGAUGUCCUUAAUUGAAAGGUGUCCUAAUUGCAGUUGUUCUGAUGUUCUGUCAGCUUUGGCCCUCAUUCCAUAGGUGAGAGGUGUCCAAAGUAGUAUAAUUUUUCAGUGUAUUGUGCAAUGUUGCCUGCAAUACGGUUUUCAAAUUGCUGGUGGAGGUAUUUUUUGGACUUAACUAACCGUCUUUCCUAAAUCUAAAUUGACUUAUUUAUAAUUUGAGAGGUUAUAUAUAUGAUUUGAUUUAUAUAUUUUGAAAGUUGAUAAAGAUGAAGCUUCAUAUUUUGAUUAUGAUGUAAUUUAGAUCAAUUCAGGUUUUUGCGAUAUGAGUUCAGGACUAGUAAAUGCUUUUACUUCAGUUAUGCACAGAAAUACAUAUGUAUAAGUGUACAUGAAGUUCUCAGUAAAAGCUUUUGCUAGUUUUUAUUCAUAUCGCCCAAAUGCAUGAAUAGCUGUGGCGCUGAUAAUGCUCUCCUCUGUGGAAUACCAAUAAUGCAUGGCUUUUUCUAUGCCAAAACAGUUGCUAAGUCAUCGUAUGAAAGGAAUCAAGACCA